CCGGGGCCGGGGUUUGUGGGGUUUUCAGUCAGCGAAGCUGCACGCGUGAGUGCUCUUAGCAUCGCCCCGCGGGGCCUUUCCCGAAGUGUUGAGCCAGAAUGCAGCAUCCCCGCCUCUGUCAGUGGCCGUAACGCCCGGGACCACCGCAGCGUCGCGCGCAGCGCUGCUCCCCAGGACCGCGGUAGGACGACGCCUUCCGCGCCCCAACCCUUCUGUUGAGUCUUCAAGUCCAGGAGGUUCAGCAACAUCUGAUGACCAUGAAUUUGAUCCAUCAGCUGAUAUGCUGGUGCAUGACUUUGAUGAUGAACGGACAUUAGAAGAGGAGGAAAUGAUGGAAGGAGAAAGAAACUUCAAUUCUGAAAUAGAGGAUCUUAACAGGGAAAGCGAUAUGCCAAUCCAGGAGCUGCUUAGCCUUUAUGGCUAUGAUGGCACCAUUCCACUCCAAGAAGAUGAUGAUGAUGAAGAUGAGGAAGAGGAAGAGGAGGAGGGAGAAGAUGAUGAUGAUGUUGAUAAUGAUGACAACAGCGGCUGCAGUGGUGAAAACAAAGAGGAGACCAUAAAGGAUUCAUCAGGUCAGGAAGAUGAGACUCAGUCAUCCAAUGACGACCCAGCACCGUCGGUUGCUUCUCAGGACCCACAGGAGCUGAUUCGCCCCCGUCGAUGUAAAUAUUUCGAUACAAACAGCGAAAUAGAAGAGGAGUCGGAAGAAGAUGAAGAUUAUAUUCCCUCAGAAGACUGGAAAAAGGUAAAUAUUAAGGAAAUCAUGGUGGGCUCUAUGUUUCAAGCUGAAAUUCCAGCUGGCAUGUGCAGAUACAAAGAGAAUGAAAAAGUGUAUGAGAACGACGACCAGCUGUUGUGGAAUCCUGACGUCUUACCAGAAGAUAAAGUGAUUGAGUUCCUUAACGAGGCAUCACGGCGCACGGGCGACGAGAAGGGCCUGGAUGCCAUUCCUGAGGGAUCACACAUUAAGGACAACGAGCAGGCCUUGUACGAACUGGUUAAGUGCAAUUUUGACACUGAGGAAUCUUUACGAAGGCUGAGGUUUAAUGUGAAGGCAGCCAGAGAAGAAUUAUCUGUUUGGACAGAAGAAGAAUGCAGGAACUUUGAACAAGGGCUGAAAGUCUAUGGCAAGGAUUUUCAUGUCAUUCAGGCAAAUAAGGUACGAACACGAUCCGUCGGUGAGUGCGUAGCGUUUUAUUACAUGUGGAAGAAGUCCGAGCGCUACGAUUUCUUUGCGCAGCAGACGCGGUUCGGAAAGAAGAAAUACAACCUUCAUCCCGGCGUAACAGAUUACAUGGACCGCCUCCUAGAUGAAAGUGAGAGCGCAGCCUCCAGCAGAGCUCCGUCCCCUCCGCCCACAGCCUCCAACAGCAGCACCAGCCAGUCCGAGCGAGAGGACAGCACCACCAGCAGCAGCAACCAGAACGGGCUGUCUGCUAAUGGGCCGGGCGAGAUGCCAAGUAAGGAUGAAGCAAAACCAGAAGGACUGCACGUCAACGGGCCUACUGGGGGCAAGAAAACCCCUCACACAGAUCUGGAUACAAAUGGGUAUGAAACUGAAAGUCUUUCCCUCGAUCCCAAAGUUGCUCAUUCGACUUCAAGAAAUGAAAAUGAUUUUGAAGAAAAAAAUGAAAGACCUCUAAAAAGAAGAAGAAUUAAUAGCAAUGGUAAAGAGAGCCCUGGUUCUUCGGAGUUCUUCCAAGAAGCAAACUCCCACGGGAAGCUGGAAGAACUAGAAACGCUGGAAGACUGAAACAUAGGAGCUGAUUUUAUUCCUUGGAGUAAAUCUUGGGUGUCUACAAUUUUCAGGGUUGAUGGGUUACCUCGCAGAAUCCCGUUCUGUAAAACAUUGCUGAGAUUUUUUUUUUUUUCUAAUAGCUUCUGCUCGGCGCCGCAGAUCCGCUUCCUGGGCUGUGUCAGCGCUGCAGAGCAGCAGCAGAAUAUUGUGUUCCUCGGGGGGGAGGGGGGGGGCCAGCUGCAGCUCUGGGAACACGGAGGCGCUCGGAAGCGUUUGAGAAACAAAUGAGUGAUUUGCUGUAGAAAUGCUUCCAGCCCAAGAGGCUGCGGGAAAUGCGGUGUCUGAGCACGGUGCAGGCGAGCAGAGCGUCCUCGGCAAAGCAGGGGCUGCUUGAAAUCUCCAGGCAUUGAGGGGAGUCGGAGCGAACGCCGCAUCCCAAGGCAAGCAGCAGAGUGGGCACAGAGACUCGUUGCGGAGCUCGGGGUAAGGAACCCGCCCGAAUCCUGAAAGUGACGAGCACAACUAUUUUUAUAUAGAGAAGUUUUAAAGGGUAAAUAAACCAGGUCAGGUUUGUCUAUGUAAAAUUGUUGACAUCAAUGAUGUCUUUCCAUAUUCUUAUCUGGGCUAAAGAAAUACGUUCUGUAUUUUUCCAGAUUUCUUUGUAGCCUUUGAAAGAUUUUUACAGUACUUCCGUCUCGAUCAAACUGUCCUUUCUUAAAACAAAAGCCUGUCUAAUUUUCUUAGCUUGUACAGUUGGUAAACUUUUAUGAGAGAAUUGAUAUCCUGAGUCUGAUGUCAGCUUCCUUUUAUUUUGCUGAGGUCUUUUCUAAGAAAAAAAAGAAAGAAAAAAAAAAAACCACAAAAAAAGAAAAAAAAAAAGCCAAACCAAACCAAUUAGACCCAGGAAAAAAAAAACGCGUGUCAGGCAGCAGCACCGUGCUGUCCUCUCUAAAGCAGUAAGUCGUGAACAGCAAGCAUGGUUAGAAGUCAUUUGAUUUCAAAAACAUGAUUUUUUUUUUUUUCUGACUUGCUUGAUGGCAAACAGCGCUUGCGAAGGAUUGGCUGGGCACCGUGCUUGCCCCGCACGAGUUCUCUUGCUGUCCUGCUACAUUCUCUCGUUUCAUGCUGAGCUUCGUGUCAGCACCGCGCUCAAGGAGCCCAGCUGUGAGAUGAGCCAUGGAGCUACUGCAGCCCGCGCUGCACCUCCAUGGCACGGAGGAGACGAGGGGAUGGCUGAGGCGGCGCUGGGCGGCCGCAGCCGAGCACUGAGGACCUGAUGGGGAUGGAUGCUGCCCAGGGAGCAGCAGCGCCGCACACAGCGUGUGGCAGAGCGCAGGCACAGCUACAGCGCCAGGACGGAGCGCGGCACCUGCCCAAGGAGGGAGCUGGCAGGGAGCACUGCCGUGCUAGGAGCUCUGUGGCUGCCCCAGCUUCAGGUGGUUGAGGUGGGGGUUACGUCCUUAAUGUCGGUCGUGUUUCUUUUUUUAAGCCACGGCUCCACGUCCUGCCGUACUAAAAAUAGGAAAAAUGGUUUGCUUGUAGGAUUCAUCGUCUUGCCUCCUGCGCUUAUUUUCACUAAGACGAUCUUCAAGUUCACAGGAGUCCUCCCAACUCCAGCUUUAACCGUGUGGUCCUACGGCUUCAAAAACACCUGCACGGGGCUGUGCUCCUCAGCCUCGUGCCCUGGGACCGCAAAGGGGGGGGGAAAGGAGCCGCAUCUCUGGGUGCAGAGCAGCUCCAACAGCAGGCACCACCUGCUGCCCCACAGCGUGUGGCCGAGCUGCUCUGAGCAGAGCUGUGGGCACGUGGAGCAGACCCCACCUGCACUGAGGCAGCAGUUGGAGGAGGCACGCAGGUGGGGAGGGCUCCAGCGUGGCUGCCCCAGAGCUUGCCGUUGGUUUUGCAAUCUCUUUCUGUAACAGAAACCCAAAGUGGCGCAGCCUUCCCGCAGAGACGGGCUCUGGGUUGUCACUGCUCCCGGAGCCCUGCUUUCUAUUUCCUUGUUACACAUUUUUGUUCGCCCGUUGGAAAUACUUCCAAAAAUUGAUAGGAAACUUUAUCAGUAAGUUUAUAAGUACCUAAAUCGUCUCAGGCUUGUGUGUGAAAUACAGCACCGUGUAUCUUUUCAGGAAUGUUGCUUUGUUUUUUCUUACCUUUUUCUGGUGAUAAUAGAAGAGACAUUCCAUAAUCAACAAGUAUGUUAACGCUCAGCUAGACUUUAAGAAUAUUUAAUUCUCCUUUUGUUCUUGCCGGUGUUUUAUACGCAAUACUUUGUUCACGUUCCUCAACCCGCGGCCACUAUCCCUUGAGAAGUCAUUGCACUACUAAAGCCAUUUGGAAUUCUAGGCAGUUCAUCAACUGGUUUUGUUCAACUCUGGUUUUGUUCAGAAGACAUUCAGUGCAGGUGGAGCCCAGGAGCUGGAGAAGAACUGUGCCCUGCUGCACGGGACAGAGCACGGAGCCACGCGGGUCAGGGCUCCACGCAGCCCGAGCUGCAGCCCCUCCAACAGCACCUGGAGUCAAAGCCUAAAGGCCACGGCCACGCGGACUUUACAAGGAGUUUUGAUACGUUUUGUCACACCUAGUAAUUUUGCACUGUUAGUACUUCCCCUUGUCUUAUCCCUGUUCCCUGUCUGCGAUUCUGAGAAAGCUUAUUAAAAUAUUUUUGUAAA